AUGACGACCAAUUUCCCCCACGGCGGCGACUCGUCCGCCGCGCCCAAGGACGGCGGCAAGCUUGAGAUUAGCAAUCUCAUGUCACCCCCUGACAACCUCCUCGAGACCUUUAGCCACGGUCAUGGCCAGCAGCAAUCAAAGAUCUUUUCCGCCAUGGCUUCUGUUGUUGGAGCAAACAACAGCCUGCCCUCCGACAAACACCCAUUGCCAAUGUCGCCUCCCAUCUCGCCUUACACCAAGCACGUCUCCAGCAACUCACCAAGCACGCCACCAACUCAGGCCAUUCAAGACCCUGUUCUCUAUCCCGUUGAUGAGGCUUCGCCAUCGAGCCCACCUCAGCCACCUCUGUUUGCUCCGGCUGAGAUUGAGCACCACAAGCGCAUCGUCGACAACCAUGUCCGCGCUCGUUCCUCUUCCACCAUCAUCUUCAGCGGAGUCACGCCACCACGGCGCGAGGACUAUGAGCUCGCCCUGACCUUCCGCUCUCAGGUCAUGAAGCACUUCACCAGCAACCGCCGCGGAUGGCUUCUCAAGGAGCGGGCUCUCCUGGUUGCCGAUCGUCAGGCCGGAGCCCAACGCUUCCACGCCAUCCUCCCGGCUAAGCCAAUUGCCGCCAAGCCGGCCCGAUCCCAGCGCGCCGACCGAGUGUCCAAGCCACAGCAUUCGGGCCACCGACCCAUCCGCUCCGGCAACGGCUUGCCCUCGUCUUCGUCUGUUGUUGUUCGACCUGCCGCUGCUCGACGCCCAAGCGCUACCCCUGAGCCAUCCCGCCGCAUUGUCGCCCCCAACCGCGAGGACAAGGAUUUCAAGUCUCUUCCGGACUACUGCCCGCCCCUCAACUCUCUCCCCAACAGAGCCAACAGCCUCAAGGUGGACUGGAAGGGCCAGCCCAUUGACCUCAGCAGCGACCCUUACCACGACUUGCUUCACCCUGACGAAAUCAUCCUCGCCGGCAACCUCCGCCUGGACUGCGCCACUUAUCUCACCAGCAAGCGACGCAUGUUUGAGCGCCGUCUUCAAUGCCUCCGGACCGGCAAGGAGUUCCGCAAGACUGAUGCUCAGCAAGCCUGCAAGAUUGACGUCAACAAGGCCUCCAAGCUCUGGACUGCCUUUGACAAGGUUGGCUGGCUCAGCGCUGAAUGGGUGCGACGCUUCUUGUAA